AAAAAAAGCAAGAGCACUCUGGUCCAAGAAAACAAUCAAUCUCUCUUUCUCCUCAGCCCGAGCACAGUGGCCAUGAACAGCAUGCUGCUCCCCGUCCUGGCUUUUUGGGUGGGGUGCUGCCCUGGAGGGGCCCUGGCCAAGCGGGGGCCGAGCCUGAGAGAGCCCACGGCCCCACCAACCCCCUUGGGCUUACCCACCCUGCAGCCGCCACCGCUGCCCAGCCCACUUGGGACCCCCGAUGGUCAGGUGCAACCCAUCUCCAAGAACGGCGGCCGGGACAGGCCUGAGGACAGGCAACUGGACUGGCCACAGGCGCGGCCCACCUCCAAGGAGGUUGCCCAUGGAGCCCCCGCACAACCCCUGGCCCCUGGCUGGAAGGCCCGUGCCAGGCCAGGGCUGGCCCAGAGGAAAGGAUCACCCCCAGCAGCCUGGGAGCAAGAACAGAGUCACCACAAGGGGCUCAGCCCCGAGCAGGCCCCGCCCCAGGCCACAGUAACAGUGGGGGUUGAGGCAGCAAGGCCCUGGGCUGCCAAAUUCAGGCCCUUGCAGACCAUCAGGGCCCCCCGAGCAAAAGGGGGGGCAGUGGCUUCUGAGGAGGGCCAAGGAAAGAAGGCAGUAGGCUGGGAAGCCAGGAGAAGGGGCCUGAAGCCCAGGAAACCCCUCAAAGGGGCCUCCCGUCAACCUGGCCCGGGGGGCUGGAGUCAAAAGAAGGCCCACAGCCGAGGCCACAGUGGCAGCAGCACCUUGGAGACCACAGGUCGAGGGCGGAAAAGGCCUGGAAGCAGGAGAGGGUACAAGCGUGGGCCUGCAGACCUGGGAACCAUGGAGCAGCCCAUGCCCUCCCUGCCAGCCUCAUGCCUCCUGGCCCAGGCAGCCAUUGCCUGCAGCAACGUCAAGAUGAAACAUGUCCCUGCCCUGGCUGACCCUGGCCUGACCACACUCUACCUGGCAGAGAACGAAAUUGCCAAGAUCCCGGCCCACACAUUCCUGGGACUGCCCAACCUGGAGUGGCUGGACCUGAGCAAGAACAAGCUGGAUGCCCGAGGCCUGCACCCCCAUGCCUUCAAGAAUCUGACACGGCUGAAGCGACUGAACCUGGAUGGGAACUCGCUCUCCACAGUGCCAGCUUUGCCCACCUCCCUGCAGGAGCUCAAACUCAAUGACAACCUCCUGCAGGGCCUGCAGCACAGCAGCUUCCGGGGGCUCAGUCAGCUGCUAACGCUGGAGGUGGAAGGGAACCAGCUGCAUGACGGGAACAUCUCCCCCCUGGCCUUUCAGCCCCUACACAACCUGCUCUACCUGAGGCUAGACCGGAACCGGCUGCGAACCAUCCCACCUGGCCUGCCAGCCUCCCUGCAGGAGUUGCACCUGGGUGCUAAUGUCAUCGAGGAGGUGACAGAGGGUGCACUGAACCGCAGCCGCAGCCUCAGCGUGCUAGUACUCAGCAACAACCGGCUCCAGGAGGACCGGCUGGCGCCCCGAGCUUGGAUCGAUCUCCCGAAGCUGGAGACCCUUGACCUGUCCCACAACCAGCUGGUGCACGUGCCCUCCUUCCUGCCACGGGGCCUCCGGCGCCUGACCCUGCACCACAACCGCAUUGAGCGCAUCCCUGGCUAUGUGUUCGCGCACAUGAAGCCAGGCCUGGAGUUCCUGCACCUGUCCCACAACAGCCUGCGUGCCGACGGCAUCCAUGGCGUGUCCUUCCUGGGCCUGCGGGCCUCCCUGGCCGAGCUGCUGCUGGAUCACAACGAGCUGCAGGCCGUCCCACAUGGUCUCCUGGGCCUCAAGGGGCUGCAGGUGCUGCGUCUGAGCCACAACAAGAUCAGACACGUGCCCCUGAAUUCCAUUUGUGACACGCGAGUGACCCAGGACUCCAACCUCAUCUCCACACACCUGGAGAACAACCUCAUCGACAGGCGCCGUAUCCCACCCACAGCCUUCUCCUGCAUCCGGGCCUACCACAGCGUGGUCCUCCAGCCCCAGCAGGGGGAGGGGGAGGGCUCCUAGCCCCACCUUGGGGGACAUCGUCACCCCCUACUCCUUUGGGACUGGUGGGGGGACUCAGGCCCAGCUCCACAUGAUCUUUGCACCUCUGGUAGAAAGAUCUAGAACACUCUGAUUCUUCAGAUGCCCCUACUUUCCACUGACUACUGAGGCCCCUUCCUUAGUAAACGGCCCAGUGGGAUGCGGUGCUGUU